GGCGCAAAACAAAGAGAACUGAGAAGGGAACAAGCCGCCAUGCCUGCCUCUGACCCGAGCAUCUGUGGCAUACCCAUCAAGUAUGCCAGUUUGGUCAUCCUGGUUGUGCAGAACUCUGCAUUGUAUCUCAUGCUGAGAGCCUCUCGCGCGCGAGGCGAUAAUGAAACACUCUAUCUUCCAGGAACAGCGGUCGUGCUGGCGGAAUCGUUCAAGUUGCUGAGCUCCCUUCUACUGAUCGCCAUCCAAGAGGGCGGGCCCAUCGGCAUGCUUCGGAGGCUACACACGGACAUCAUCGGGCAGCCCAUCACGACGCUCAAGAUCAUGGUUCCUGCGGGCCUGUACACACUACAGAACACGCUGCAGUACAUGGCCGUGACGUAUCUGGAUGCAGCCACGUUCCAGGUGACGUACCAGCUCAAGGUGCUCACCACCGCCCUCUUCGCUGUCGUCCUCUUGGGCAAACGCCUCUCCCUCAUGCAGUGGAUCUCCCUCGUGAUGCUGACGGCUGGUGUUGCGCUCAUCCAAAUGCCCGACUCAGAGACUGAGGACGAGCACUCGAUUGCCGAGCGCUUUAUGGGUCUUAUCAUGGUCGUCACAGCCUGCUUCUCCAGCGGCUUCGCUGGCGUGUACUUUGAGAAGGUGCUGAAGGGUGAGACGGCUGGCGUGUGGGUGCUCAACGUGCAGCUUGCAGGCAUGGGUGUCAUCAUCGCCCUCUCCAGCGUCCUCUACUCACACUAUGACAGAGUGAUGAAGCAAGGCUUUCUGUACGGGUACAACAAGGAGGCAUACAUUGCCAUCUCGUUGCAGGCAUUUGGGGGAUUGAUUGUGGCUGUUGUUGUCAAGUACGCCGACAACAUUCUAAAGGGGUUUGCCACGUCCAUCUCCAUCAUCCUGUCCUCGAUUGUGUCUGCGCUGUAUCUCGACUUUGUUGUGACGUCGCGCUUUGGGUUUGGCGCUCUCCUCGUCAUCGCCUCUACAUAUGUCUACGGCACGUUUGCCCCCGCCAAGCCAACCAAGACCAUCCCCAUCACCAAGAUCACCACAGGCAGCAAGUAGCACGCGUAUGUGUUGUUGAAUGUGUGUGUACGUGCGUGUGUGUGUGUGUGUGUGUGUGUGUGUGUGUGUGUGUGUGUGUG